AGAAAGAUUUUCAACCUAUUACACAUCCUGUGAGUGAAGAAGAAAGGGGAGUUUCACACGUGUUUGGCAAGCAGAGAGAGAUAUUUUAAUAGUUGUUUCAAAUUUUAGUUUCUGGACGUAAAAUCGAAGUAAAACCAAGUGAAAAUGCCGAAGGUAAAGGCGGAGAAGAAAAGCAGGCAGCACCAAGAGGUCAAGAACCAAGGGAUCAUGUUCAAUACCGGCAUCGGUCAACACAUCCUGAAGAAUCCGUUGGUUGUCAAUGGGAUCAUUGAGAAGGCUGCCUUGAGGCCGACAGAUGUGGUUCUGGAGGUGGGACCUGGUACUGGUAACAUGACAGUGAAAUUGCUGGAGAAAGCCAAGAAGGUGGUGGCCUGCGAGUUGGACUGCAGAUUAGUGGCUGAACUUCAGAAAAGAGUUCAGUGCACGCCGAUGCAGUCCAAGCUUCAGAUAUUAGUUGGAGAUGUGCUGAAAACAGAUCUGCCUUUCUUUGACGUCUGUGUGGCUAACUUGCCUUACCAGAUUUCAUCACCGUUUGUCUUCAAGCUCCUGCUGCAUCGACCGUUCUUCAGGUGUGCCGUGUUGAUGUUCCAAAGAGAGUUUGCCAUGCGAUUGGUCGCCGCUCCUGGAGACAAGCUGUACUGCAGACUGUCCAUCAACACACAACUGCUGGCUCGGGUAGACCAUCUUAUGAAGGUUGGGAAGAAUAAUUUCCGUCCUCCUCCAAAAGUGGAGUCAAGUGUUGUCAGGAUAGAGCCCAAAAACCCCCCACCUCCAGUGAACUUCCAGGAGUGGGAUGGUCUGGUCCGAAUAGCCUUUGUAAGGAAAAACAAAACCCUGAGUGCAGCUUUCAAGUCCACUGCGGUGGAACAGCUGCUGGAAAAGAACUACAGAAUUCACUGCUCUGUGCACAAUGUGGAAGUUCCAGCCGACUUCAGCAUCAGUAAGAAGAUUGAGAAUGUGUUGCAGGAGGCUAAUUUCUCUGAGAAGAGAGCGCGGUCCAUGGACAUCGAUGACUUCAUGGUGCUGCUUCAUGCAUUCAACUCUGCAGGGAUCCACUUUUCUUGAACAGCACAGGAAACUGAAGAGACAAGUCCAGCGACUCUUGCGUCCGGCCUUUACGGCGAGACGGGAGAAGUUAGCGGUCAGAUGAGUGGAAAGAAAUUGAUCGUCUGGCUGAUCUGUCUUCUUCUGCCGCGUGGCUUGGAGGAACUCGAUAUUCAAAUGGUGAAAUAGCUGGACAGUAUGCACAAAAGGAUAUUGGAGGAUGCUCACAUUGAGUUUACUGUUUUACCCUCGUGAGUAGGUCAGGUGUGGCUCGGCAUGCACAGACUGAACGUUUGUCGGGUGGAAGUUGUAUAAGCCCUUUUGGUUUUUUUGGACUGUCACAGUGUGUGUGUGUGUGUGUGUGAGAAAGAGUGUGAGAGUUUGUCAGCCAGUGAAAAUAAUCUGCAAUGGACAAUUAUAAUAAUCUGAAAACAGUUCAUUUCUACAUCAAAAUUACCUCCCUGUGGAAAAGUCAUCCUGGUCAAAAAUCAUUUUUGAGUGUGUGGUGACUUGUUUAAUAAAUCACUUUG